AUGAGUGAUCAGGUGAUACCGAGAUAUCGCAACGUGUUCACUGAUAUUACAGGAGGAAUCAUGACCCACCAGACCCUGGGAGACUGCGCACAAAUGGAGAUGGCCAUGAUGGACUGUAUGGAGAGUUACGGCUUUGACCGCGGCUUACAACACUGCAAGUUGGAAAUAGACGACUACCACGAGUGUCGAACUAAGACGAAACAGUUCUUAAGAUUUAUGGUUGAUCAAAAACGAAAUGUGUUGAAUGAGAUCGAUGUGAAAAUAAAGUGUCAGUCGAAUACAACUAUACUGGUGUCAGUUCCGCCUUCAAAUGAAUCAAUAUUAGUUGUUUUAGUCAACGAUAAAGAAGCAGCAACAGAAGAAGAAGAGGAAAUUCCCGGUCAGAAUAACACAGCGUUGAUUACUCAACUGCCUCUCGACGAUUCCUGCACCAUCAUUGUGGGUGGUGCUCACGGUGUCACCAAUCUCACUUAUAGAACACCAUCAUGCUUCGAUCUAGCCGGCUGUUCUCCUUGGCCUGAAGUGGCUGAAAACGUGACUUUGGAUGCUGUUGAACGAGGUGGUGGGUGGUCGGUGUUGGUUACAUGGUCACCGCCGCGUCACCAACCGUCAUACUACAACAUUAGUUUGGAAGCAGAUGAAGUCUACCGAGCUAUUGUGCCAGGGAAUCAAACGGAGGCUCAGUUUGACCACGUGACUGGGAAUGGUAAAUAUGAAGUAUUGGUGAGAGCGAAAAUAGAAAAUCGCACCGCCACUACCAGCCGAUGGAAUAUAUUUCCUCCUCGUACUGGUGGGGCGGCGGGUGUGGUGGUCGCGGCCUCAUUACUGACGGUGGCCACAAUACUCUUGGCCGCUCUGCUGUGUUGGCGACGACGCAUACCAACCGACUCUCAUACCUUCUAUAUACCAGGAGUCCAUGAUAAGUUCCCUGAAAGCGGUGAUACAGACCUUGGAGGCCCGGAGUCGGGAUCAGAGGACACGUGGGAGGUCCGGCCCGAGAGGCUCCUGCUACAUGAGGUCAUAGGAGAGGGGGCCUUCGGUGUUGUUCGGAGAGGCACUCUAGCACCCGCCAAUAAAGAUGUCGCAGUCAAGAUGUUGAAAGAGUAUCCGUCAGUGGAGGAAGUCCGUUCGUUUCGUGCUGAGAUGGAGCUAAUGAAGAGUGUCGGAGCUCACCCUCACGUCGUCAGCCUCCUGGGGUGCUGUAGCGGAAGACGACCUUUGAUAGUAGCGGAGUACUGCUCACGGGGAGACUUACUGACUUACCUCAGGUGUUCAUGGGACAUGAUGGUGUCGCGUCGUAACGCUAAAUAUUACAAUAACAACAACAAUAAAGAAAAUUAUCGCAACGAUCUGUUUAAAAGCAAACUGCCUGAUACUAAGUUCGUUGCCAACCGUCUGUAUGACAUACAAGGAGUGUGUGACACGGAGCUCACUAUGUUGGACCUGCUCUCAUUCUGUCGACAGAUCGCUAUGGGCAUGGAGUUUCUUUCCUCCAACAGAGUAGUCCAUAGAGAUUUAGCAGCGAGGAAUAUAUUAGUAACAGCUGAUAGAACACUCAAGAUAGCAGACUUCGGAUUAUCUAGAGACGUCUAUCAGGAGAAUCAAUACAAACAGAAGGGCAACGGAAAGAUGCCCGUCAAGUGGAUGGCUCUAGAGUCCCUCACGCAUAGGAUAUUCACGACACAAAGUGAUGUGUGGUCGUUCGGCGUGGUGGUGUGGGAGGUGGUGACGGUGGGUGGUGCGCCUUACGCUGGUGUGGGAGCCGCUCGACUGCCGAGACUCCUCGCCGCUGGGUACCGCAUGCCCUGCCCUCAUAAUUGUGGACCACAACUUUACGAGUUAAUGCUGUCAUGUUGGCGGGACCGGCCGCGGUGUAGGCCGACAUUCACUGAGCUAGUGUCUCGAUUAGACGCACUUCUCUGUGCUAGCGCCGACCACUACCUCUCACUGAGUCUACCACUACAAGAAGACAGCCCUGAACUACCAUCUACAACAUACAGAUAUAUGAGAAUGCUACUCAGAGGUAAGCUUCGUGGUAAGAGCUACGAGCGUCCCCUGGCGCCCACGAACCACUACACGCAACAGCCAGCGCCCACGACACAUACACAACCAUGA